CACAAUUAAGAAGCCAUUCUGUAUUGCACACCGAACACGUGCUCGAGAGGCACUCGACAACACACAGCUAUCGUGUCUCUUCCCAUUGUUGGAACUGAUUACGUGAGCAAACAUCGCUCUCCGAGCUCAUUGAGUGCAGACGGGGAAACACAUGAUCGCCAAUGAAGCAACACGAGAGGGAGAAGCACUAAGGAGCUGCCGACUUGGGACUCCGGCUGAGCAGUUUAAUUAAAAAGAUAAAGGAGAAAUCCAGGGAUGAUGGCUCAACCCUUUGUUGGACUGACUACUCCAGACGCUUAGUCUGGCAAGGUGUCGGGGAAUCUCCACCUUCGUCCUACCGUCGUCUUUUGAAGCUCACACAGAGCAACCAUCCAGAAAGAACAUAUCUGAUGUGUAUCGUCCAGGGUUCCAUGCCUCGGUGAUUAGAUAUCUCACGAAAUUCUCUGGGACCGAUUAUCACAUCCGUAAUCACCUAUAAUCUGCGGUGUGAAGACCACGAACAGUAGCGCUGUUAUCAAUUUUUCAAGAAUAACGAGCACAAGGAAAUCACUCUAUUUCUACGUCGUCAUUUAAGUGAACCGCUUUGUUCUACUCUACUCUACUCUACUGUACUGCUAUUUGAAAGGAAGCGUCGAGGGAAGUUAUACACUCCCAUCCAGUCCACGUCACUCAACCGCGUCAGCACCGUGGGAACACGGCAUAGUCAUCGCACUUCUACCUACUAACUUUCCCACGUCGUUGGCGACACUAAACAUUCACUGCGACAGGCAUCUCAGCAGGUCUACUAAGUGAGGGAAGUGGUGUUGCCUCCCUGAUAAGCAGGUAGUAGGUUGCCGCCGGAAACAGGUUGCCUCGCUCUGCCAGCUACACGAUUUAACGGGUAUUCAUGUAAGUAGCAUCGUACCCUUCACAACAUCAGGACCAUGUCACGGGCGACCCUUCUCGUUCUCGCUUUCAUCGCUGGAGUACUCUCAUCCGAGGACGACAGCUCAGGUCGCUGGGCAAACGCAAAUAACGUCUUCGGAAUCAACCUUCUCAAAGCACUUCCUCCGCAAGUGAAGCAUGUCUUUCUAUCGCCUCUUAGCUUGAGUGUGGCGAUGGCGAUGGUCUACCAUGGUGCAAGAGGUGUGUCGGAAAGAGAACUGACCAGUGUUCUGGGCUACGAGGCAGCUGGUCUCCGUGGACGGGAAGAUGUCUUGUCAGCCAUGCGGAAGUCUCUUAGUCGCGUGAGACUUGGUAUCAACAACAACGUGGCCGUAGACAUUGCCAACGCUCUGCUGGUAAGCAAGAAGUUUCCUGUCGCGGAGUCGUACAGAAAAGACGUGCAAGACGUCUUUCGAGCACUGUUUAAAGAGGUCGACUUCGCGGAAGAAUCUGCAGGUGUAGUUUCAGAAGUCAACGAGUGGGUGUCGACUAAGACAAGAGGCAAGAUUAACCGAGUCGUCAGCGAACUGCCGCAACGAGCCGCACUUUUCGUCAUGAAUGCCGUCUACCUCAAGGGCGACUGGAAAACAGAAUUCCUUGCGGGCCGCACAACGAGACUUCCGUUCUACAACUAUGGUGUCAGACGGAUCCUAGUAGACACUAUGGAGGAGACUAACAGGUACAGCUACGCUAAAAACGACGAACUUAACGCAGAUAUCGUGGAACUACCCUACCAAGGAAAUCAAUUCAGUAUGGUCAUCUUCCUUCCUCGAGAUCGCAAUGGACUCAACGCACUCAUAGCCGGACUGACCGCGGCAAAAAUUCAGAACGCCGUCAGUCACCUCGUCCGAACGAAUGUUAACCUGUGGUUGCCAAAGUUCAAACUGGAGUCUGACUACAGCCUCGUUCGAGAACUGAAAGGUCUUGGUGCAGCGUCCAUCUUCACAGACAAUGCCAAUUUAACCGGAAUCAAUGAAUCGGGAAACUUGACCUUAAGUGACGUGAUCCACAAGGCGGCGGUUGAAGUGAAUGAAAAAGGAAGUGAAGCUGCCGUGUUCACUGGGUUCAUAUUUGUACCAAGGAUCAACGUUCGUAGAAAGAUUGAGUAUUUCCACGUGGACCAUCCCUUCUUCUUCUUGAUUCGGCACAAGCUAUCCGACACUAUUUUCUUCAUGGGUACCGUUAAUGAGCUAACUUCGCACGAACCCUUAACAACAAUCUGCAGGCAAACAACCAUGCUAGGAAGAGCCCUUCUCGUUUUAGCUCUUACCGCAGGAGCGUUCUCAUCUUCGGAUGAGAGCUCCCUCCGGCUGGCCGAAGCCAACAACAUCCUGGGCGUCAAUCUUCUCAAGGCACUGCCUGCAAACAAGAACCAUCUGUUCAUCUCGCCGUUCAGCGUCAACAUGGCAAUGUCUAUGGUCUACCACGGUGCACGAGGUGUUUCUGAAAGGGAACUGUCAAGAACUCUUGGCUACGAAGCAGCUGGUUUUCAAGGAAGAGAAGGUGUGUUGUCAGCCAUGCUGAACUUCUUCCAGGACGCAAGUCUUCAGAGCAACGACGUCACACUUGAAGUCGCCAACGCCGUUCUGGUCAACGAAAGCUUUCCUCUUGUGGGCUCUUACAAGAAAGACCUGCAAGACGUCUACCGGGCGGUGCUCAAGGAGGUCAACUUCUUGAGAGACAGCAGAGCCGUUGUCUCCGAAAUUAAUGAAUGGGUGUCCCAGAAGACGCGAGGCAAGAUCGACAACGUCAUCAGCAGCCUUCCUGCGGACACGGUACUCUUCAUCAUGAACGCUGUCUACUUCAAAGGAGACUGGACGACAAAGUUCCUCGAAAGCCAAACGACCAAAUUACCUUUCUACAAUCGCGGCGAGGCAUCAAAGCUCGUGGACACGAUGAGAGGAACCAACCGAUACAGGUACGGGAGUGACUAUGGACUUAAGGCUGACAUCGUAGAACUUCCCUACAAAGGAGACCGAUUCAGCAUGCUUAUCCUGCUUCCACACGAACGUAAUGGACUGAGCCAGCUGGUAGAAGAGCUUACAGCUUCCAAGCUUCACGGUGCUGUAAGCAACCUGUACAGUACGAAAGUCGUUUUAAGCUUGCCAAAGUUCAAGCUCGAGUCCAAGUACAGUCUUGUGGAGCAACUCAAGGACCUCGGAGCGAAAUCGAUCUUCGAUGGUCGUGCAAACCUGACGGGCAUAAGCGAGUCCGCGAACCUAGUCGUGAGCGAUGUGAUCCACAAGGCUGUGGUUGAAGUGAACGAACAAGGCAGCGAAGCAGCUGCCUUCACGGGAGUCGUGAUUACGACCUAUUCAUCUAGCUCAUUUCAGAUCGAAUUCAACGUGGACCAUCCGUUCUUAUUUUUCAUCCGUGACAAGAGGACCAACAUGAUUCUGUUCACUGGAGCCGUCAACGAGCUGUGAUAACAAAAUGCAUAUUGUACGAUAUGAUGAUUCUGACAGAAAAUGACGACAAAAUAUUGGAGAGACCAUCCUUUCUCUACUUUAUUUGCGUUCCGAAUAAAGACCUUCAACGUAGAAAACA